UCCAACAGAAAAACAGGGAAUCGACCUGCGGACAAUGGCAGCCCAUGUAUUUUGUACGUAUAUUAAUGCGGAUGGGUAUUUCCUUCAUUUACAUGUUGAGAGAAAUAGAGAGCGCUUUUGCCAGUGGCAUCAGAUUUGUUUGCUAAAUACAGAAUAUGAGCGCAGAGAGAGAGAGAGAGAGUGAUGUUUAGGCCAUCUCUGUCACCAUUCAUUUCUUUUGAAAACAAAAGAGGCUAGUGCAGUAUACCCGACCAAGAGGAGAAGGGCUCUCCCCCUUUUUUGUUCAUUCUCUUUUUGUCCGUUUUGUAUGGAUUAUUAGGCUGCUGGACAUGACCAAGUUUGUAUUUUGUUUUUCUGUAUUUGUUUUGUCUUCAAAUUUUUUGUGAAGAGAGUGAGAAGUCGGUCAGAGAGAGAGAGAGAUGUGGCUUCCGAAGCCAAGCAAUGGAGAAAGGAAGGCAGGAGGAGGAGGAGAAAGAGGAAAUGGGUUGGUUGCAGUAGCUGUAGACAAGGAUAAAGGAAGCCAGUACGCUCUAAAAUGGGCUAUUGAAAACCCUAUCUUCAAAUCCCAAACUGUCAUUCUCAUCCAUGUCGUCCACCAACCUACAUCUGCUUCAGCAACGAACCAUUCUGCUAGUUGUGAACUGAGUGGGGCCGGAUGUGCACACAGGCCACAACUUGAGAAGCAAACCAAGGAAUUGUUCCUGACCUUCCAUUGCUUUUGUACCCGCAAAAAUAUUCAGUUCCUUGAUGUUAUACUGGAAGAUACAGAUAUAGUGAAAGCAUUACUGGAAUAUGUUUCUUAUGCUGCCAUUGAGAACUUGAUUCUUGGUGCAUCAUCGAGGCAUGGCUUUAUCAGAAUAUUCAAGGCCUUAGAUGUUCCCAGCAAUGUAUCAAAAGGAGCACCGGAUUUCUGUAGUGUUUAUGUAAUCUCCAAAACAAAGAUCUCUUCUAUGCGGAAUGCUUCGCGUGCAGCCCCAUUCACUUCUCCUCUUCAUAACCAAAUUAAAAGCCAAGCUGCCCGCAAUUCUUUUGAUUCGCAGUCAAGGCUUACUUUAAGUCGUAAAGCAGGAGGAAAGACUCUGCACAAACCUCGUGAUUUGCAAGACGACAACGAAUCCAUCAAGUCACCAUUUGCUAGAGGAAGAAGGUUCAGUGGAAGGUUGUGGGGAGAGCUCUCACAAUCAGAGAUUGAUAUAUCCUUUGUUAGCAGCUCUGGCAGGUCAAGCACUGAAGACCGCGGGUCUGUUAGUUCCCUAUAUGAUCCUUGUAAUAUGGAAUCAGCUGAAGCCCGAACAUCUCGCAUGCAAACUAGCCUAGAACGCAGCCUUGGGCCAAGGGCCUUAGGUGGAGCCAAGUGGACUGACGCUGACACUCCACAUGAAUUUUCAUCCUCCUCAGGCGAUAGUAUUGGAAGAAGUUCAUGUUCAUCUCAAGGCCUGCAGGAUGGCGUGGAAGCUGAAAUGAGGCGGCUAAAGCUAGAGCUGAAACAAACAAUGGAAAUGUACAGUACAGCCUGCAAAGAAGCCCUAACAGCAAAACAGAAGGCAGUGGAGCUCCGUCGGUGGCGAGUUGAAGAAGAACGACGAUUAGAAGAAGCCAGACUUGCAGAGGAAGCUGCAAGGGCAAGUGCAGAGAAGGAAAAAGCUAAAUGCAGAGCAGCCAUGGAGGCAGCUGAAGCAGCUCAGAGGAUUGCUAAACGGGAAGCACAGCGGAGAAUAAAUAUUGAAAUGAAGAUCUUGGGGGAAGCAGAGGGGAAUAUGACCAUGGAAUCAGAUACACUUGCCAUGAAUGAUGUGGUUAUUAGGUACAGGAAAUACACUAUUGACGAGAUUGAAGUAGCAACAGAUUUUUUUGCUGAAUCACGCAAAAUUGGGGAAGGUGGCUACGGCCCCGUCUACAAGUGUUUCCUUGAUCAUACACCCGUUGCAGUAAAGGUUUUACGUCCAGAUGCAACUCAUGGAAGGGAACAAUUUCAAAGAGAGGUUGAAAUUCUAAGCUGUAUGCGACAUCCCAACAUGGUACUACUCCUAGGAGCAUGUCCAGAGUAUGGAUGUCUAGUCUAUGAGUACAUGGGCAAUGGUAGCUUAGAAGACCGUAUCUUCAGACGUGGGAACACCCCUGCUCUAUCUUGGCAAAUAAGGUUCCGAAUUGCAGCAGAGAUUGCAACGGGGUUGCUCUUUCUCCACCAGACGAAGCCAGAGCCGGUAGUGCACCGCGACCUCAAACCUGCCAACAUUCUGCUGGACCAAAACUAUGUGAGCAAGAUCAGCGAUGUUGGAUUGGCCAGGCUUGUUCCUCCCACAGUGGCUGAUGAUGUCACACAGUACCGAAUGACGUCAACUGCUGGGACAUUCUGCUACAUUGACCCAGAGUAUCAACAGACUGGAAUGCUUGGUGUUAAAUCUGAUGUUUAUUCGCUGGGGAUAGUGCUUCUGCAACUGAUAACUGCCAAGCCAGCAAUGGGCUUGGCUCACCACGUUGGGCGAUCCAUCGACAAGGGCACAUUUGCUGAGAUGCUGGACCCAACUGUACCUGAUUGGCCAGUUGAGGAGGCCUUGUGCUUUGCAAAGGUAGCUGUCCAAUGCGCAGAGCUAAGGCGGAAAGAUAGGCCAGAUCUUGGCAAGGCCGUUUUGCCAGAGCUUAACCGAUUGAGAGGACUCGCUGAUGAAACGAUGACCAGCUUCACGUUUGGUGGCAGUGCUGGUCCUUCCCCCCAUCACAGCUAUGUUUCCAUCGCACAGGACGUGAUCAGCGACCCCGUGCUUGUUCAUUCAGGAUGUGAGAGCUCAAAGAACUACUCAAGCUCAUCCUCAUUGACUUAACCAGAAGCUGCCAGGAACAGCUGACUAAAUUCAACAGAAGUUUUGAAGUUUGGUACAAAUUCUGUAAAUUGUUGUGCGGAACGGCUAAAGCAACAAAGUAGAUACAGUUGUUCCUUGCAUUGUUUGACCGGUGGCCUGCUUGAACUUUUUCAUCCAGUUUUGCUUAGGCGAUGGACUCGUAUCUUUUCCUUGAUAGGAUUAGAUAUGUGGAAUUUUUUUCAAUGUAGCAUGGUGUAUUGUUAGAGUGUACAAUUAGAAUUCAGGAAAAUGUGACAGCCUAUAACGUGCUAAAAGUGUUUAAAAAAUGCAUUAAAAUAUGUGAACACGCGUUGAUGUAUGUAAAAAAUGUGUAUUGGGAUUUCUUUUUGACAUCAUAUGAGUAUUAUUCAUUGAUCA